AUGGCGGUCGCAGGCGCAUUUAUAACGUUCCUUAUACUAAUACACACGGUCCUCGUACACACAGAAGUUUUAACUCCGAGAUAUUUUAACUUAGCGUCUAAAAAGAAGAUUACGGCCACGGCUACAUGCGGAGAUGAAGGACCGGAAUUAUACUGUAAAUUGGUUGGUGCUAACGCGGACCAUGAUGAGCAUGUGAUUCAAGGACAGGUUUGUGACAUCUGUGAUGCUACGAAUGAAGCCAAGAAGCAUCCUCCAGAAUAUGCAGUGGACAGCUCGGAGACUUGGUGGCAGAGUCCGCCGCUGUCCAGGGGGAUGAAGUACAACGAGGUCAACCUCACCAUCGAUCUUGGACAGGAAUUCCACGUAGCGUACGUUUUCGUGAAGAUGGGUAACUCACCACGACCUGGUCUUUGGAUGCUGGAGAAGUCUACUGAUUACGGAAAGACGUUCAAGCCCUGGCAAUACUUCUCCGAGUCUCCUCAGGAUUGUGAGCGAUACUUCGGCAAGGAGAGUCUUCAGCCCAUCACUAGGGAUGAUUCCGUCAUCUGCAGCACAGAAUACUCAAAGAUCGUGCCUCUGGAAGGUGGUGAGAUUCCAAUUUCCCUGCUGAACUAUCGUCCGUCUGCAAACAGCUACUUCAACUCUUCAGUACUCCAGGAAUGGACCAGGGCUACCAAUGUGCGGCUCCGUCUGCUGAGAACCAAGAACUUGCUUGGACAUCUUAUGUCUGUAGCUAGGCAGGAUCCUACUGUAACACGACGGUACUUCUACAGUAUCAAAGACAUCAGCAUUGGAGGUCGUUGUAUGUGCAACGGUCACGCGGACACCUGCGAGCCAGCGGACCCAGCGACUAACACCAAUAUUCUGGAGUGUGUGUGCCAACACAAUACUUGUGGACCACAAUGCGCUGAGUGCUGUCCUGGAUUCGAACAGAAGAAGUGGAGGAUCUCGCAGCACUGGGACCGAUUUGCUUGUGAACCUUGCAAUUGCCACAACCACUCGACGGAAUGCGAGUAUGACCCUGAGGUAGACAGACAGAGGCAGUCCCUCGAUAUUUACGGCAAGUAUGAGGGGGGAGGAGUCUGCAAGAACUGCCAGCACAACACACAGGGCAUCAACUGCAAUAAAUGCGUGCCAACAUUCUACCGACCUUAUGGAAAGAGCUGGAAUGAGACCGACGUAUGUCAGCCAUGUAACUGCGACCUGCAUUACUCGACCGGGAACUGUGAAGAGGAGACCGGUCGCUGCGAAUGCAGAGUGGAGUUCAACCCUCCUAACUGUGACUCCUGCGCCUAUGGGUACUUCGACUAUCCAAACUGCAAACCUUGCACCUGCAAUCUAAAUGGAACUGAUGGACAGCAGUGUACUCCUGUUGAUGGCCUGUGCCCCUGCAAAUACAACUACGCUGGUAAAUCCUGUGAGAUUUGCGCAGAUGGCUACUAUUCACCGGAAUGUAAAAAUUGCGAGUGCAACUCCGUUGGUUCGGUGUCUCCUGUGUGUGACAAGGACAGCGGUAACUGCACAUGUAAGAGCAAGUACAGCGGUAGAACAUGCAACCAGUGCGAAGCCGGGUACUUCAACUAUCCGACUUGCAAACAUUGCAACUGCGAUGUGAGUGGAACGGAGGCCAGCAUUUGUGAUGACGUCACCGGCGCAUGUAUCUGCAAGACUGGCUUUGGAGGAGCUCGGUGUGAUCAGUGUUUGAAUGGAUUCUACAUGGACGUGCGUGGUCGUGAGCGUCUUUGCGUACCGUGCAACUGCGACCCCACUGGUUCUACUUCAACGAGUUGUUCAGCUGAUGGAAAGUGCAACUGCCUCGCUAACUUCGGAGGCAAACAGUGCGACCAAUGUUCACCAGGGUACUAUAAGUACCCAGAAUGUCUACCUUGCAAUUGUGACGUAUCUGGUUCCAUCGGAUCUACAUGUGAUGACAACGGACAAUGUAACUGCAAGCCGAACUUCGACGGAACUAAAUGUGAUAAAUGCAAAGAACAGUACUACAACUACCCGGCCUGUGAGGAGUGCAACUGCGACCCCAGGGGUGUUAUUGCAAGUUUUGCUGGUUGCGGUUCAGUGCCUGCUGGUGAACUAUGUCAGUGUAAAGACCGGGUACAAGGGCGCAUUUGUAACGACUGUAAGCCUCUAUUCUGGAACUUGCAAGAAUAUAAUCCAUUUGGAUGCGAAGACUGUAACUGCCACUUAGCUGGUACUCUCGGCGGUCUGGGCACUUGUAACACCAAAUCCGGACAGUGUACUUGCAAGAUGAAUGUUGGAGAUCGUCAGUGCGGUCAGUGCCAGGACGGAUUCUACAAACUCGACUCCAAUAACGUAUUUGGUUGUACUGAAUGUGACUGCGAUAUCGGUGGUUCAAUCGACAACAACUGUGACAAGACCACAGGACAGUGUCGUUGCCACUCCAGGGUUGAAGGCCGUCGCUGUGACCGUCCAAUCCGAGCCCAUUACUUCCCAACCCUUCACCAGUUCCAGUACGAAGUUGAAGAAGGCUACACGCAAUCAGGCCCCGUCAGAUACAGGAACUCUGAUGAAGUGUUCCCUAAUUACUCAUGGAAGGGUUACGUCGUGUUCUCUAUGCUACAGAAUGAGGUGACGAACAGGGUGAUGAUACCCAAGUCAUCGCUGUACCGAAUGGUGCUGAAGUACGCCAAUCCUCUCCAAGACGUAGUCCUGGCUAGUAUCAUCAUCACACCGGACAGCGUCGUAGAUAUACAGCAGAAAUUCAACGUGGCGCUUCGACCAACAAUCCAGCCGCAACUGGUGACAGUAGCUGGUGAGAAAGGUAUCGCCCCAUCUCCCUUCGUCAUGAACCCUGGAAACUGGAUGGUCACCAUCAAAACUACUAAAGAAGUCAUGAUUGACUACUUCGUGCUGAUCCCCGAGGCGUACUACGAAGCGACGGUGCUGACGAAGCUGGUAGACAAGCCUUGUGUGAUUGGAGACAAGAAGCUGUGCAGGCACUUCGCAUACCCCAGCCUCUUCGGAAGACCGACUGCCGACGUCACUGGCCUCAGUACAUCAGUCAGUGGAUACAUCGAUGAUGUGGAGCAAUUGAACGAGCUACAAGCAUCAGCCGACUCAAUUCCAAUCUUGACGAACGAUGAAAUCCAGUACAACAUGAAGAUAGAUCCUCCAGGCGCAUACAUCCUUAUCAUCGAGUAUGUGACACCCAUCAACCGAAGCUUGGAGAGCUCCAAUGAGAUUGAAACCAACAACGGAUCUUACUCCUUCGUACCUCGUGGGCCUAUAACCGUGCGGUUCCAAUCUGGAGACCAGCCAGAAACAAAUGCUAUCGUGAACCUCAAUAAUUGCCCUUACACGGCUGCGUGUCGCCAAGCUGUUGUCGAUGACCUUUCCAAGAUACAAAUCUUCAAUAUUCAUGAUGCGAAUAAUGUCAUUUAUUUGAUGGGUGACCGGGAUACAUUAGUUGGAAUCAAAUCCAUAGUCGCUGUUCCGGAGUCUGAAUGGCACCUGGAUUACAUCACCCCUCGACCAUACUGUCUGAGACGCAAUGGUAAAUGCGAACCAGCUGACUUCUCUGCCGCCGUCGAUUCCAAGAAGGUUGAAGCGGAGUCUGGUACCGGUGGAGACAGAGACAUCAGGCCUCCGACCCUGGACAAUGCCACCGCCGUGGUAUUCCUGACUCCUGACGUGGAACCUCUGAAGAUUGAGGGGAAGAUACUUGUACCUGGAGAUUACAUGUUCAUGGUCCACUAUUACCAACCCGUCCAUCCUGAGAGCUCUAUUGACGUGGUUGUGAAGACUGAUGCCCAGCAGUUCGACACCACGAUGCAGGUGCAGCACUGUCCCUCUCGCACCGGUUGCAGGUCGCUCCUCAAGCUAGCUGAUGGCAAUAACCGAUUCCCUAUCGCUGACAACUUUACCAUCACAUUCCUGGGUAACAACAGCAAAGGACUCUGGAUCGACUAUGUUCUCAUAGUAGCAUCGCCUGACUUCGUGGAUGCGGCACUCACUGAAGCCAAUGUCAUCGACUACACUCGCGAAUUCAUUGAGAAGUGCGCUAACAACCACUACCACAUCCCAUCCAAUGAGACAGGAUUCUGCCGCGAUGCAAUGUUCUCUAUCACUGCGGAGUACAACAGCGGAGCACUGGCAUGCUUCUGCGACUUCAUGGGAUCCACGGAGCUGGAGUGUAAUACCUUCGGAGGCCAGUGUCCUUGUAAGCCCAACGUGAUCGGAAGGUCGUGUAGUGCCUGUCGUACUGGAUACUACGGCUUCCCCAACUGUAGGCCGUGCCACUGCCCAUCAACUGCUAUUUGCGAUGAUAACGGUAUGUGCAUUUGUCCGAAGAACGUAGAGGGUGAGAACUGUGAUCGCUGCAAACCUUACACUUUCAACUUUGACGUGCAACGAGGUUGUGACGACUGCAACUGCAAUCCUCUCGGAGUUGUCGGCAAUCAAUUGCAGUGCGAAGCUGACAGUGGUAACUGCCCUUGUCGUGACAACGUCAUAGGCCGUACUUGUGACCACUGCGUGCCCGGACACUACGCGUUCCCGGAGUGUGUGCCCUGUACGUGUGACAGAGAAGGAACUACUGAUGACGUAUGCGACCAAAGCACUGCUCAGUGCUACUGCAAGCGAUAUGUGACUGGACAGGCCUGCGACACUUGUUUGGAGGAGUACUUCAACCUGCAGUCUUCGAACCCUGAUGGAUGUACCAAGUGCUACUGCUUCGGGAAGACCACUCGGUGUACCAGUUCCUAUCUGUCUUGGGCAGGCAUUGACGGCAUGAGUGAUUGGUACCUGGUGAAUGUAGAAGCCAAUAGGACGCUGAACAUCUUCCCACGAGGCAACCCCAUAUCGGUGAAUGAAUCGGUGAUCACCGCCGACCUCAUCGGUGACGACAGCGGACAGAAAGUGGUGUACUUUGGAGCUCCUGAUUAUUAUCUCGGUAAACGCCUGACAUCAUACGGAGGUUACCUGACUUACUCGAUAUUCUAUGAGACCGGCCCUAGUGGGGGGGCGAUUGCUGCACCCGAUGUCAUCCUUGGAGGUUCUGAUGGAUACCUGGUCCACAACAGCGUAGAACAGCCACCUUCCAAGGUAUCGUGGAUGCACUCCGUGAGACUGUCAGAAGACGAGUUCAGCAACACUGACGGGACACCGGUCACGAGGGAACAGUUCAUGAACACCCUCGUCAACGUCACCAGCAUAUACAUCAGAGCUACUUACUGGAACCAGUCUAUUGAAACCAGCCUAAUAGCAGUGACGUUAGACGUUGGAGUCGACGGGUAUGAUGAGUACUCGAAGCGAGCGUCGUCUGUGGAGGAGUGUCAGUGUCCCAAGGCAUACCGCGGCCUGUCCUGUGAACAAUGUGCUGAGGGAUACUACCGACUGAGCUCCGGCUUCUGUGUGCCCUGCCAGUGCAACGGACAUUCCAGGGAAUGUGACGUCAACACGGGCGUUUGUCUGGAAUGUACGGACAACACAAUGGGUGAUCACUGUGAGCAAUGUAUCCCCGGUUACCAUGGCGACGCCUCGGGUGGUACUCCACGCGACUGUCUCAUCUGCGCCUGCCCACUGCCUUACGUAUCGAACAACUUUGCCAUCGGCUGUGACCUGAGAGAGAAUGGAUCCUUGAUCUCGUGUCAGUGUAAGCCAGGGUAUGGUGGGGCGAGGUGUGAGUACUGUGCCGCUGGUUACUAUGGAGUACCAGAACAGAUUGGUGAUUACUGCAAGCCGUGCAACUGCUCCGGUAACAUCAACAUUAACGACCCUGGCUCCUGCGAUAGUAUCACGGGCGACUGCCUCAAGUGUGUCAACAACACGGCCGGCGCCGCCUGCAACCUCUGCGCUCCUGGCUUCUUCGGAGACGCCAUCUUCUCCAAGAACUGCACUGCGUGUAGUUGUGAUGAAUUCGGUAUGGAGCGUUGUGACCCGGCGACUGGUACGUGUGUGUGUCGUCCGGGAGUGAUCGGUGACCGAUGCGACAAGUGCGCGCCGGACCACUGGGGACUCAGCAGUGGACAGGGAUGUACUCCUUGCGACUGUGGCAUUGCUGCAGUAUCCUCUCAGUGCGACCUCAGCACUGGACAGUGCAAUUGCUCGAAGGGUGUGACGGGUAAACAUUGUGACCAGUGCGCGGCUGGAUACUGGAACUACACGAAGGAAGGAUGCGACCACUGCAACUGUAACACUGGCUACUCACUCGGGUUCACCUGCAACGCGACCGGACAGUGCGAGUGUCUGCCCGGCGUCGUUGGAGAGAAGUGCGACAGAUGUCCAGAAAGAUGGGUGCUGAUACCAAAUGAAGGAUGCUUGGAAUGCGACUCUUGCACGGACGCGCUGCUGUACACCAUCGAAGAUAUGAGCGAGCUUCUGGCCAACGAAACUACUGACUUCAAGGACAAAGCAGAUUCAUUCUUCACAACACAAAGGCUGAACUACAUCGCGAACCAGACACAAACUCUUCGGCCAAGGGUUGGGGAACUGAGGAACGUGGACGUUGCUGAUGUUACUACAGCCGUCAAGACUCUGGAAAACAGCGCCAAAAACCUUCUGCGAUCGGCGGAAUUCGCAGCGACAGACUCAGACAAGCAAAUUACAAGGGCAGCAGACUUAGCGGCUGAUGCAGACAAGAUAUUGGCGUCAGUUCGUGAUAGUAGCGAGAAGGCCAAGGCUCAGGUGAAGCAUGUGUCAGACCUGGCCACCGGCCUCGAGCUGAGCCAACAACCCAAGGUCGACAGCGCACUGGCUGAGGCCAGGCAGAUCAAGGAGGACAUUAAUGCCAAAGACUUAGCGCCAAAGAAACAGCAAGCAGAAAGUGCGUUCGUGAAUGCAACGAUGCAGGUCGAGCGAAUGAACUUCUUCGUCCUGCCUGUAAACGAGCAGGCACAGAAAUUCCACGUCCUUGUGAACGACACUCGCGACCUCAAGUCCAAGUUGGAUGAGAUGUUGCAGUACACAGACCUGGCCCAGCACACAGCUGACAGUGCGGAGAAACUCAACGCCAAGAAUAGACAAUCUAAAUUCGGUAACAAAGUGACGUCUGUAACGAAGCUGAACACCGCGGCGAUGAAAGAUCUCAUUGACGCUGGCUACGACAUUGGUAACGGAACAUUCCACAACUUGGUAGCUGCUACUAUAGUACAGAACUCUACUAAGGCGUUGGAGAACAUUGGCACCACCAACCAGAACAUGGUGGACCGUCUCGUGGACCUUGAGAAGGACCUGCCCGAACUUAGGAACCUGACUCAAGUAGCUAGACAACACACCGACAUGCUGAGAUACAGGGCGGACAAUCUACGAGCAUUAGCUGAGCGUGAGAACAACAACUCUAGAACUCAACACGCGUACACCGCGGCCUCCGCGUACUCAUCCAUCGUACAGGAGAUCGGAGACGCCAAGAAAGCUGCUGAUGAAGCCGAGGAGGGUGUCAGGAACAUCACACAAGUGACUAAUGUCCUCAACGAGCGAGUGGUCCCAGCUCGUGACAGAUCUAGAAGUCUUCUAGAAGGUGCUACGAAAGCUCAAAACUACGUCGAACAAGCUCUGAGUCCAAACUUGACAAAGGCAGAAGAAAAACUAUCGCAAGCAUUGAAGACUAUGGGAUCCGCAGACGAUGACAAUAAUGCUAUACAAUUCUCACUCCGCAAGCCCCCACCGUUCUCGCUUGCUGAUGAAGUCGUUAAGGCUGAUCAGGUUAACUCCACGGUGAAAUCGACGCUGGACAUCAUGUCUCAGGUUGGAGCUGACCUCGCCGCUAGCAAGGAAUGGGCACAGACAUUGCCCAAACUUGCUGACGAAGCACAGAAAAUGGCUGCCAAUGUUGAUAAUUUAGUAAAGGAUAUCGAUAAGCUGAACCCUGCAAUCACACAAACGUACCAGACUGUCAAGGUCAGACAGGAUGACCUUGAGCACAGGCGCAAGGAAGCCGAUGAGAAACUACGUAAGCUGAAGGAACUUAUUGAACAGGCACGUACAGUAGCGAAUCGCAUCCAAGUGGGAGUGACGUUCGACCGUCGUACGACACUGCAGCCCCCGCUACCGGACACCAUCGACGAGAUGUCCACCUCCACACACGUCUCCGUCUACUUCAAGACCAAAGAGAAGGAUGGCCUGAUCUUAUACCUCGGCAAUCCUAAGGACACAAUGCUGAGACGAACUAAAUCUGACGACUUUAUGGUAGUGGGUGUCGAGAAUGGCUACCCUUACCUGAAGAUGGACAUUGGUGACAGUGCAGAGUCAGGUCGUGAGCCCGCCAGGAUCGGCAGCGACAAGUUCGUUGCAGACAACCGCUGGUACCAGGUCAUCGUCGACAGGGUCGGACGCAAUGUGAAGCUAUCAAUCCGCGAAAGUCUUGACAAUGGAUCUGCUGACUAUGUACACUCGAAGGACGCAGUAUUACCAGGCCAGCACACUAUCUUCAACCUUGAUCGCCAGAAGUCUAAGUUGUACGUGGGAGGAGCUCCAUCAGACGCCAAGCUGCAGUCCGUCAGCUUCCCAGCCUUUGAAGGACAGAUCGAGGAGCUCAUGAUCGGAGAUACUCCUGUCGGCUUAUGGAACUUCGAAAGAGCCGAAAACUUGAAGGGAGCCAGACAGAGGGACAAGUUGCUGCCUCCGCACACUGGUCCACAGGAGUACAGAUUCAAUGGACGCGCGCACGUGACGAUGCCUGGUCGCGGCUACCUCACGCCACAGAAGAACCAGAUCCUCUUGUUCUUCAGAACAUACGCUCCCGAUGGUCUCAUCUACCUCGUUGGUGAAGGAGCCUACUUCUUCUCUGUUCAAAUGCAAGAUGGAAGAGUGUUCUUACAGGUAUCGUUGGGUAACCCUGAAGACCUUCUGAUAAUCGGCACCACGAACUCGUACAACGAUGGCAAAUGGCACAGACUGGACGCUGCACGCAUCCUCACCAAGUAUUCCUUGAAGGUGGACAGAGAGAUUAUAAAGAUGGAUUCUGCUGGAACUGAGGACUCGAUAACGGCUCUCGACACGAUGAACUUCGGAGGAGACAAUAAGGGCAUCAUACAAGUGACCAGCGCUGGGUUCGACGGCUGUAUGAGACAGAUCAGCAUUGAUGGCGUGAACAUCGAUCUCAGCGAUAACCUGGAGUCCAUUGGUAUUGCAUACGGUUGUCAGUUCGCAUCACUGGUAUCACUAUCUGGCAAGGACAGUUUCCUCCGGUACAUGGACAUCACAUCAGAGAACCUCCAACUGACGCUCAAGUUCAAGACGUCCAGUCCUGACGGGCUACUGUUCGUCUACGUUAGUCGCACGCAGACCACCGCCAUGCCAGACAGCAUAUCACUCUCACUCAUCAAAGGUAAACUGGUACUGAUGAGUCAACGCGAGCAGUUGGACACGGGACUGAGCACGUACAACGACUCGCAGUGGCACGUCGUCACUGUCACACACAACAACAACGCGCUGCGGCUCGUCGUCGAUGACUACGACUACUUCAGUACGGACACAGCGCCAGCGCCGCUCCACAUACUGGAAGGGGUGCUAUUCGUGGGCGGCGUGCAGCCAGGCUACGUGGUGGGCGGGAAGGUCGGCUCCAAGACUCCGUUCACCGGCUGCAUCGCCGACGCCACCAUCAACGGCCGCGUGCUCAACCUGCUCGAACCAUUCAGUAACAGCAGCACCACCUUCGGUCGCUGCGGAACCACCACCACUACUGGAGGACUCAGCCCAGAUCAAGCACAAUGGGCAGCUACUCCGCGCCCAGACGUGCUGCCCACUCCCGGACUACCGGGCCCCAGCGAAGCACCACCCAAUAGAGAAGAAGAAGCAUUGAUACACAACGAGGUGCUCCCAGUGCCAGUGGCCGAGGACACGACCCCAGCCCCGCAGACUACCACCAGCACCACCACUACCACCACCACCACCACCACCCGCCGGCCACCACCCAAGCCGGAGCAGGGAUGCGCACUCGCGUAUGAUCACUUCUACACCACCGGAGAUCCUGACGUGGGUUACAGAUUUGGUACUCGCAACGACAGUCGCAUCGAGUACUCGAAGCUGCCCGGCCGUCACCUGCAAGGCUUCGACCUGACGAUCUCGUUCCGCACGUUCGACCAGCACGGCGGCCUCGUGUUCUACGCCGCCGCUGACAGAGACCCGACGCAGUUCCUCGCCUUCUACAUGAAGGAUGCCAAGCUGCACUUCGCGUUCAACUGUGGUGGUGAGACAGCACAGAUCUCGUCGACGCAGACAUACAACGACACAGAGUGGCACGUGGUCACUCUGACCCGCAGCGGUGGGCAUGGCAAGCUGGCCGUGGACUCCGAGCUGGUGGGCGAGACCAGCGCCAUCUGCGGCGCACCCGCGACACUCGCCGCACCUUUCUACUACGGAGGUCUCAGGGACCUCAACCAGAACAUCCUCAAUAAUCUUCAGGGCUUCUACCAACCAUUCAAGGGUUGCCUGAAGGGUCUGAUGAUGAACGGACAGCACGUGACCGACGUGUCGUACCGAGUCAACUCCCUGCGCUGCUCCGACAACGUGGAGGAUGGAGUAUACUUCGGAGCGUCCACAAACAUGCAGAGCAACUACUUGAAGCUCCUUGAAUACUUCAAAGUAGGUGACGAAGUUUCUAUAUCGAUGGAGAUUCGUCCGCGUAACAGCACGGGUCUGCUCCUCAGUGUCCACGGCAAGAAAGACUAUCUAGUUCUGGAACUCCUGGAGAACGAAGUAGUUGCCAAUGUUGAGAACGGCAACGGACCGUUCCGAGCAAGUUACUCGCUCGGCAACAAGUUUGCGCUUUGUGAUGGCAACUGGCAUAAGAUUCACGUGGUGAAAUCGCUGUACGUAGUGUCGGUCGGUGUGGACGGUCAUUUCUCGAAGCCGGGAAUGGGCGCGUACUCGUCGACUGACACCCGGUCCGCGCUGUACAUCGGAGGCCACGAGCGCCCUCUGCACAAGCUGCGCGGCGUCCGCUCGCGCCGUGGCUUCACCGGCUGCAUCAGAAAGAUCGUGAUUGGAGAAACACCACUCAAAAUCCCACUCACAGCCGCAGGACGAAACACACAUGUCGGCGUUUGUCCUGUCGACUGA